GCAACGCUUGCUCAACGGACUUGACUGUGUCUAUCCUUGACUGUGCACCCAGACACCUGCCAAGUGGGCAAGUAGAAGUUGUUUCACCACCUGCACCAUAAACAUGUUCCGUUCGUCGCUCGUGGUCCUGGUGAUAGUGCUGGCCGGAGAUUUUGCCGCUGCUGCACGCCGUGAUGUCGUGGCCCGCCAGAGACCACAGAUCGUAGUGGUGGAGGAGUACGAGGAAAAGCUGACGACGUUGCCACCACCACCGAAACCGUACGCGUUCACCUACUCGGCCGGUCGAUCGCCGGGACACGUGGACCGUACCCACAGCGAGGUGUCGGACGGUAGUGGCGUUGUGCGCGGUUCCUUCUCGUACGUCGAUCCGCGCAAUCAGGUGCGCACGGUCGAGUAUACGGCCGAUUCGCACGGAUUCUAUCCGGUGCUGAGCCACCUGCCCAAAACCCCGCAACAGACGGAAGCGGUCGCGCUGGCGCAACAGAAGCAUUAUGCACUGUACGCCAAGAUUGCGCAAGAGCAUGCCGAUGCCCACAGCGGACUGACGGCGGAACCGAAGCUGCCCAAGGACACGGUUGCGGUGGCGAAAGCGAAAGAUCGCCAUCUGUCACUGUACGAGAAGAUUGCACAGGAGCACGCACGCAUUGGAGCGGAACAGGAAGCGCAACGGUUGGCCUUUGAAGCUACCUCGGUGAAAUAUGAGGAGCACUGAAGGUAUGAAACGCAACAACCGACUACGAAAACUCAAAUGGCUGAUAAUGCAAAAAAAACAACCCUUAACGGUGAAA